ACUCAAUUUUUAUGGCAAAGUUAGUAUUGAGUAUUCGAAUAAUGCUGUAGAUAACUAAGAAAUGGUCACACUUAAAAGAGAAGUGUAAACAAAACAAACAGAUGUCUGACGAGGAGGAGGAUUAUAUGUCCGACAAAUUCCUGGCUGGUCUGCAAGAUGUCCGACCGAGUUUGGUGCACAAUCGCGGCAGAAAGCGGCAGAUUGAAGUCGAGUCCAAGAAAGAGGAGCUGAAGAAGCGCCAACGGGAGACAGCAGCUUCUUCCGGAAACAUAGACAAUGUUCGCCUUCAACAGUCCCUCAACAAACCAAUACCCGCCGACAACAAAGGAUUCCAGCUCCUGGCCAAGAUGGGCUACAAAGCCGGGUCUGGGUUGGGAAAAACUUCGGAUGCUCGUACGGAACCCGUGGGGAUAACUAUAAAGAGCGGUCGUGGAGGACUUGGGCGCGAGGCAGCCGUUGCAGAGUUGGCCCUCAAGCGGCAGGAAAUCCGGAGGGCACAUCUCCUAAGCAGGGCCGGCAUUGAAAGCGGCGAGGAAGUCAGCACAGAGGCUUAUAGGAGGCGUGCGACUCAUAAAGCGGAGGAGCGGAAAUUGCAGUAUGACAUAAAACGGUGCCAGCAGACCUGCGAAUCGUUGGAUCUUAAGUCCGCUAUCACAGAACCAGAUCUCGAUUUCUUUUGGCCGCCUAAACCAAAAGAAGAAGAUGAAUCACAGAGCGACGUCGACGAUCCUGAAGUCGAGGUGCCAGCCAAAGAAGAACAAUACAAUCCCUCGGAGCAAUUAGAACUCCUCACUGGCUACCUGCGCACAGCCUAUUGCUUCUGCUACUGGUGUGGCACCCAUUACGAUGACGCCGAAGAUCUGGGCUCCAACUGUCCAGGACUCACUCGUGACGAACACUAGCUCCGAUCAAUAAAAUAAAAAAAAAACUAGCUUGAUUGCUUACACAUAAUUUCACAAAAUCAGCAGGUUUAAAAUAUUUUACAAUAAGUAGUCAAAAAACAGUAAGCGGUGUAUCUGGUUCGGAGGAAUGCCUAUAAAUGAGUUGUAAUCCAGUUAGUGGGAGCUACAAGCGACCCUCCAGUUUCUGUAUCAGAUCGUGGGUCCUUUCGAUAACACUAAAUACGAAUGGCCGUUCCAUUGGAUCGGUUCGCAGCAUGUACUUAAUUAAUUCGUGCAUGUCCUAGACAAAUAUUUGGAAUUAGAUUUCUUAAAGAUAUAAAAAAGGUUUAUUACCUCUGUGUAAAUUGAAUCCUCUGGAAUGUUUAUGUUCCCACUGAGCACAGCCAAAGCCACGCUGUCACCUCGCUCGUAGAUGGGAUCGUAGGGUGAAUUAAAGUAGCACAUUGCAUAGAGCACACAGCCAAGACUCUGAAAGAGGGAAAUGUUAAGGAAGAACUCCAAUAACGCUCUCUUGGAUCUGUUUUACCCAUAUGUCAGUGCGCUCGUCAAUUGUGCAAUAUGUUUUCACUGUAAAUAGCUCUGGAGCCCGGUAGACAAUGGAGCUCCUCUCCUCGGCUUCGUCCUGCAGGCGCUGAGCAUCCGUCUGGCCCACUAUCUGCAGUCGGGCUUCUGUCAUG